GAGGGAGGCUCUGCAUCUAACCGGCAUGCAGCAGCAGCAGGCUGGGCUUUGCGAUCCAUUGUUCCCUGUUUUGUUGAUGCUUGAGCUCAUUCUUUCCCAUUAAGACGCCAGGCUAGAGAAAGCUAAAAGGAAAGGUGAAAACAUUAGCAGAGCUCAGCUUUGUUUGCCCGGGAUUAUUUCCACUUGGACCCACUAUUGUUGUGGACAAAGGAGAAACGACACUUGAGUUCUCCACUGUCUUGGCCAGGCUUGCAUUUUCCUCCUGACUGCAUUGGGAAGAAGCGGGGGGACUAUGGGGAUGCCUGGCCGAGCCGUGUUCAUGGUGGGGCUUUUGAAACGACCACCGUUCCCCUUUAUUUGGAGGUUAGCGCUGCUCUUUUUCUCCAUGUGGGCACUUGAUGCCCAAACUGCAGCAGAAACUAAACCGUUAUACAUCUGGCAAACAGGUCCAUGGGGUCGCUGCAUGGGAAGCGAGUGUGGUCCAGGAGGCAGCCAGAGUAGAGCAGUGUGGUGCGCUCAUUCUGAGGGCUGGACUACCCUCCAUACAAACUGUGACCAGGCGGAGCGGCCAGACAACCAGCAGAGUUGCUUCAGAGUGUGCGACUGGCACAAAGAUCUGUACGAAUGGCAGCUGGGCGCCUGGAACCAGUGUGUCCCGGUGCUGAUGCGCAGCACCGCCGUGCAGCGCCCGACUGUGUGCUCGCGGGGAGAGGAGGGCAUCCAGACCCGGGAGGUGGGCUGUGUUCAGAAAGCUAACGGCGAACCGGCUGAAGAUGCCAUCUGUGAAUAUUUUGAACCUAAACCUCGCCUUGAACAGGCCUGUCUCAUACCAUGUCCUCGGGACUGUGUGGUGUCUGAGUUCAGCCCGUGGACUUCAUGUUCUAAAACCUGCGGCAUUGGUUUACGAAACCGGAUCCGCUUUGUGCUCGCACCGCCACUGUUUGGCGGAGCAGCGUGUCCAAAUCUGACAGAAUUUCAGACCUGCCAGCCAGGCCUCUGUGAGGGAGAGGAGAACCUCUACAGCCUCAGAGUGGGACCUUGGGGUCCUUGCUCUGUUCCUCUGCCAAGGCAAACGCGACAAGCUGAAAAACCACCCCGAGAGGGAAGCAAGAGAUCAAGAGAAAGUGAGAAACCUCCUAAAGAGGGAAACAAACAGAGUAGGGAGGGUGAAAAAUCAUCCAGAGGAGGUGACAAACAGGUCAGAGAGAGCAACAAACAGUCAAUAGGAAGAAACAAACAGAUGAGAGAUGAUGAAAAACAGUAUCAAGAAAAUGACAAAAACUCAAAAGAAGGUGACAAAGAGUCUAAAAACGGCAACAAACCAUCGAUACUCAACAGAAAAUUGGCCAGAGGAAACAGGAAACCAGACAGACCUUCCAUACAGGCUGAUCAGCAGAAACAACAGAAAAAGGCUAAAAACAAGAGAAAAAAAGAAAAAAUCCGAGAUAAAUCCAAAAAGAAAUUAAGAGAGAGGGGGAAGACGAAGGAUCCAGAGACCAGAGAGCUGAUGAAAAAGAAAAACAAGAAUCGUCAGAGACGCCCAGGAGGAAAGUUCUGGGAUCUGCAAGUUGGUUACCAGACCCGAGAAGUCACCUGUGUCCACAAGAACGGGAAUAUUGAAGCUCUCAGCUUUUGCUCUCAAGAAGCCCUGCCAGUGACCUUCCAGGCCUGUGUGAUUCCCAAAGACUGUGAUGUGACAGAGUGGUCUGAAUGGUCAGCUUGUUCCAAAGACUGCUAUGACCCCAACGGACCCAAAGGGGAGCGCAUACGCACCAGAGGAGUGAGCCAGUUUCCAAUUGGCGGCGGAACAGACUGCCCCGUGUUAGAGGAGAGGGAACCAUGCAGCCCGCUGGGGGAUGCAGUCCCAGCAUGCAUCGUCUACAACUGGAAGACCACCGAGUGGACAGAGUGCAGGGUGGAUGUGCUGCUGAGUCAGCAAGACCGCCGGCGUGGAAACCAAACAGGGCUGUGUGGCGGUGGGAUCCAGACUCGGGAGGUCUAUUGUGUGCAAGCCAACAUUGACACGCCACCCAAUCUCAGCUCACUGAAGAGCAAAGAAGCAUCACGUCCAGUGGAUAGUGAGUUGUGUUUGGGUAUCCCUCCAAAUACCACACAGUUGUGCCAAAUAAGCUGUCCUGUUGAAUGUGAGGUGUCUUCAUGGAGCGCCUGGGGUCCCUGCACCUACGAAAACUGUCAAGACCAGACCACCAAGAAAGGUUUUAAACUCAGGAAGCGAGGGAUCAUCAAUGAGCCAACAGAUGGGACUGGGAACUGCCCACAUCUGGUGGAGGCAAUACCAUGUGAAGACCCCAGCUGCUACGAGUGGCUGGUGGUCAAACUGGAGGGGUGUAUUCCCGAUAACGAGAAGGAUUGUGGACCAGGAAUCCAAAUUCCCCAAGUCCAGUGUGUCAACAGUGAUGGUGAAAUUGUGCAGAAACAGCUUUGCCGUGAUGCCAUCCUCCCCAUGCCCACCAUCUGUGAGGUGCCCUGCCCCAAGGACUGUGCACUGAGCCCCUGGACCUCCUGGUCCCUCUGCUCUCAUACAUGCUCGGGGAAGAACACAGAAGGGAAGCAGACUCGGGUUCGCUCCAUUCUGGCGUAUAAUGCAGGAGAAGGAGGUGUUCAAUGUCCCAACAUCAGUGCACUGCAGGAAGUCAGAAACUGCAAUGACCACCCUUGCACUGUGUACCAUUGGCAAACUGGCUCUUGGGGUCAGUGCAUAGAGGACUCCUCCAACCCAUCCACCAACUUGUCUGUGGGCCGAAUACGUGGUGAUGAUGCAUCAUGCUCAGUGGGAAUGCAGACUCGCAAAGUCAUCUGUGUUCGUGUCAACGUGGGCCAGGUUCCUCCGAAAAAGUGUCCGGAGAGUCUCCGCCCAGACACUGUCAGGCCCUGUUUGCUUCCCUGUAAGAGAGAUUGUAUUGUGACCCCGUACAGUGACUGGAGCCCCUGCCCAUCAACAUGUGAAGAAGGGGCCAAAACCAAGAAGAAGCAAUACAGAAAACGAAUCAUCAUCCAGUUCCCAGCCAAUGGGGGACAAGACUGUCCUGAAGUCCUGACUCAAGAAAGAGAGUGUGAAGCUCAAUCAGUCUGUCAUGGAUACAGAUGGAAAACACACAAAUGGAGAAGAUGUCAGCUCGUCCCAUGGUCUAUCCGUCAGGACACUCCUGGAGCUCAAGAGACCUGUGGGCCAGGUCUGCAGUUUCGAGCUGUUUCAUGCCGAAAGCAGGAUGGGGGGCAAUCAGAUGUCGAAGCCUGUCUUAAAUUUUCGAGCCCCAUGCCGCCGCUCACCCAGCUGUGCCAGGUACCGUGUCAGGAGGACUGUCAACUCACUAACUGGUCCAAGUUUUCCUCCUGCACAGCUGACUGUGUGGGAGUGAGGACUCGCAAAAGGAUACUAGUAGGAAAAAGUAAAAAGCUUGACCAGUGUAAAAACACCCAGUCGUAUCCCCUGAGUGAGACCCAGUACUGCCCCUGUAAUAAAUACAAUGCCCAGCCUGUAGGCAACUGGUCCGACUGUAUCCUACCUGAGGGCAGCCGCAUGGAGGGCCAGCUUGGCAUGAAAGUACAAGGUGACAUCAAGGAGUGUGGUCAAGGAUAUCGCUACCAGGCCAUGGUGUGCUAUGACCAGGACAACCGCAUAGUGGAAACCUCUCGUUGUAACAGUCAUGGGUACAUUGAGGAAGCUUGCAUCAUUCCUUGCCCCUCUGACUGCAAACUGAGUGAGUGGUCCAACUGGUCGCGGUGCAGUAAGUCCUGUGGCAGUGGGGUCAAAGUUCGCUCUAAGUGGCUCAGAGAAAAGCCCUACAAUGGUGGAAGGCCAUGUCCUAAGCUGGACCAUGUCAACCAGGCUCAGGUCUACGAGGUGGUGCCCUGCGUCAGUGACUGUGGACAGUACGUCUGGGUGGCAGAGCCCUGGAGUGUUUGGAAAGUUAGUAACGUGGAUCUGAGAAACAACUGUGGGGAAGGUGUGCAGACCCGCAAAAUCAGGUGUAUGCUCAACACUAUAGACGGGCCCUCUGAGCAGGUGGAAGACUACCUGUGUGACCCAGAAGAAAUGCCUUUAGGGGCCCGAAACAGCCAACUGCCCUGCCCCGAGGACUGUGUGCUAUCAGACUGGGGAGCCUGGAGCCCAUGUUCCCUGCCGUGUAGUGAGAACAGGACACACGAGAGGGUUGCCUAUCCAAUUCGAAAACCAGGGAAAGAGAAGACCUGUCCUCCAACAACAGAGGCAGAGCCAUGCAAGCUGAACAGGAACUGCUUUCACUACUCCUACAACAUCACAGACUGGAGCACCUGUCAGCUCAGUGACAGAGCAGUGUGUGGUAAUGGCUUGAAGACCCGCAUGCUUGACUGUGUGCGUAGUGAUGGGAAAUCUGUUGAUCUCAGCUUUUGCAAAGAGCUGGGUCUUGAGAGGAAGUGGCAGAUGAAUGCUUCCUGUGUUGUGGAAUGUCCUGUCAACUGUCAGCUGUCUGAGUGGUCGACGUGGUCUGGGUGCACCCACACCUGUGGCCUGGCAGGUAAACUGUGGAGGACACGAACAGUGAUCCAGGCUCCGCAAGGCGACGGGAGGCCCUGCCCAUCCCAGAUGAAACAAUGGAAGCCCUGCCUGGUGAAGCCGUGUUACAGUUGGAGAUAUAGCGCCUGGUCUGAGUGCAAGUCAGAGGGUGCAAAAUGUGGAGAAGGCAUGCGAUUCAGAAAUGUGUCCUGCUUCGUGUCGGACGGGUCGGGUCAGCAGGACAGCAGUGUGGUUGACGAUGAGCUGUGUGGAGAUCUGGAGCUUUCAGUGGAUGGAGACAGAGAAAUAGUUCUGCAGGAAACCUGUACUGUUCCCUGCCCAGGAGAAUGCUACUUGACAGACUGGACCAUUUGGAGUCCGUGCCAGUUAAGCUGUGUGAGCGGGAAUGACCUGGGUUUUGGCUCAGUACAGGUCCGUUCCAGAGCCGUGGUGGCCCAGGAUCCAGAAAACCUGCUCGAGUGUCCAGAACAAGAGCUGGAGGCAAAGCCCUGCACAGGUGGUCAGUGUUUUGAAUACAAGUGGAGGACUGGACCGUGGAGAGCUUCCUCUCGUCGUGUCUGGUGCCAGCGUUCAGAUGGGCUGAAUGUCACAGGCGGAUGCCUGGCUGCAGCCAAACCAAUAUCUGACCGAUCUUGUGACCCACCUUGUACCAAACCGUGGUCUCUGUGUACUGAGGCGGGUGUGUGUGGCUGUGAGGACGGCUAUACUGAAGUGAUGACAUCUGACGGCCUGUUGGAUCAGUGCACAGUCAUCCCGGUGCUGGAGAUCCCAACUGCAGGUGACAACAGAGCUGACGUGAAGACCAUCCGAGCCUUCAACCCCAUCCAGCCUGCAGCCAGCGCGCCAGGCAGGGCCGGGCGGACCUGGUUCCUGCAGCCUUUUGGUCCAGAUGGGACACUGAAGACCUGGGUGUAUGGCGUCGCUGCUGGAGUGUUUGUUCUACUUGUCUUCAUCAUCUCCAUGACAUAUUUAGCAUGCAAGAAGCCAAAGAAGCCGCAGCGACGGCAGAUGAACAACAGACUGAAACCUCUGACUCUGGCCUACGAUGGAGAUGCUGACAUGUAGAAGUCUCCUUCCUGCUCACUUCCUGUACAGACUUGACUCACUUCCUGUACAGACCUGACUCACUUCCUGUACAGACACAUCUGUUUGGGACACAGGGUUGUUUUGGAAACCUCUCCAUGUCAGGGUCAGUGCUGGGCAUUGGUCAGCAAACUCACAGACUAAGGUUUCUGUCAGACAAUGCAACCGUGUUCAUUAGCAGCCUUAAUGUUUUUGUUUUCAUUUUUUAUUUUUUAAUUUGAAUAUUUACAAGAGCCUUCACAAAGUCUCUAUCUUCCUUUGGAAGUUUGCCUUUUUGCGUCUUUUUCAUCUACCAGCCGGUAGCACAGACUGCUCGAAGAAGAGGGUGAAUCCACAAGAAACAUUUGCUGUAAAAGCACAAACAAUUCAUCCCUCGUUUCGGUUAAUUUAUUUAUUUAUUUAUUUAUUUUUGGAACAUUGCAUGGGUCUUUCCAUCUCUUGUUGCUCUUGAUCCCUCUACGGCAACUCGCGAGGAUAAAAAAUAAAAAAAGAGAGCAAGAAAGGAAAAGCGAGCCUGAGAAGUUCUAGCGCUGCCAUCACGUCUGCCUGCCUCUCCCUUCUCUGUUUAUCAGGCAUAUUUUUGCACUAUAUUAGUGCAGCAUGAUACGUACUUAUGUCUCGCUUUGCCAUACGAAACUGCCUCUCAAUACAAGAUGAUGUACAGUCUUGUGCUAGAAAUGUACAAAUUAUACCUUUUUUGCUAACAGAUGUCAACGAUGUUUGAUAAUUCUUUUCUAUCACCUCUUGUAUGACCUAACUUUGUGUAAAUACUUUGUUGUUUGUUUGUUGGUUUUUAGUUUUUCCUGUACAGCUUCAUGUCCAAAACUCGGAGCUCGGUUCACCACGACGAUCUUUUGACUGUGACUUUUUUUUUGUUAACCUUAACCUUUAUCAGCAUUACAAACUCACAUUUUGAUGACUCUAAAAUGAAUGAUUUUCUUUUUUU